AUGCUCGUGCCCACACUCUUCAUUCUCAGCCUAUGCGCUCCUGGAGCACCGUCGAUUUAUCCGGCGCAUUUGGUGCUCAAAGACCGAAUGAUUGGCAUUCAGAAUGCGCUAAAUUCCGGAAAUUCGCCUCAACUUCUUCCAAACCUGAUUGAACCCGGUGAAAAAUGAUUCAGAACCCAACACAUUGAUGACUUUUUCAAUAUUUCAGCUCACUCAAACCUCGUCCAACAGCUCAACAGCUAUUAUGGACACAGAUUUCUUGUCGAGUCGGCCGCCUACACGAAUCUUCAAACAAUCGAGGGCACUGUCAGAAUUGUCUAUGACGAAAACCAUCCGGGAUACGCUCAUCGCGUCGUCAUCCGAAAAGUUGGUCUCGUUUUGACAUUUAUUUUUUUCAGAAUCAGCCAGCUGGCACGUGGAAACUUGCCGAACUAACGUAUCAAGGAUGA